CUAUAGAAAAAAGAAAAAAGGAAAAAAAUAAAAAUAAAAAUAUAAAUCCAGCCUUAUUGUUUCGGGACUUCGAAUUUUCUAAAAUCUCCCGCGCUUCAAAGAUAGGUGUGUUCAGCUCAUUUCCUCUAGGAAUAUACAUUUAAGGAACUGUGAAAACAUGAAACGCAAGAGGGGAUCUAAAAAGGGACACAAGAAAGGGAAAAAGAAUGCUCCUCCAGUGCUCAAUACAGCCUCAGCUCCAGUUUCAAUGGAUGCUGAAGAUAGCACAUGCUUGGAUCAGAAUGAUGACAGUCAACAUGAUUCGGGGAUGGAUACUGAACAGCCUGCCAUUGCAUUGGAUAAACCAAGUAACAUCUCAAGUACCGAAACAGAUCAACCUAAUGAUAAUUCUACUAGAAAGGCAGGACCUGGGCGUCUUAAGGUAAAACUCAAAUCCUCAAGAGCAUUAGAACCUCAGAGAAGUUACUCAGAUGUACAAACACCAAGUGACACAGAUAAAAGCAACCAACAAGCUGCUUUGGAAUUAAAUAAUAAAGCUAUGGACAAGGAGGACAGUGCCUACUCAGAUGGACAAACAUCGCGGAUGCAAAAUAAUAUCUUUGAAACUGUACAAAAAAGAGCAGGUAGUAUCAAAAUAAAAUCUUCAAAAAGUCUCCAUUUAUCAAGUGAAGAUGUCCAAGAUAAAACUUUGGGUAGGAUGAAUAGUCCUACUACGCAGAUGCAGGGUGAGAGGAUUUUAGUUUCCACAGAUGACGAAAAUGAAAAAAACUUUUCGUGGCCCAAGAACUUACUGAAAUUGGAAACAAAACGACAUUGUAGGGACCCUCGAUACAAUGAGAAAGAGUUGAGUGCUGCCCUCUCGGUGAUCAAGAAAGUUAUGAAGAUGGAUGCGGCAGAGCCCUUCAAUGCCCCAGUUGACCCUAUUGCUCUUGGCAUACCUGACUACUUUGACAUCAUAGAUACUCCGAUGGACUUUGGCACAAUAUGUCAUCGUCUUGAACAUGGAUAUAAGUACAUGAACUCGGAGGACGUUUUCAAAGAUGUGCAAUUUAUUUGGGAAAACUGCUAUAAGUACAAUAACAAAGGUGAUUAUGUUGUCGACCUUAUGAAACGGGUGAAAAAGAAUUUCAUGAAGUACUGGAUGGCAGCUGGAUUAUUUUUGGAUAAGCCAAGUAAUGGUGCCACUGAGAAAAUACACAGUGAAGAUGGUAUGAGACCCACCAAGGAUAAGGUCUACUCGAAAGGGAAACAUAAACACAAGCGCCGCAAACAUGGGAUCGACCUCCACAAAAGCGACUGCCUUUGUGCUGUCUGUGUUGUUAGGCGCCGGAAGCGUGAGAAUAAUUUGGCGGGUAUUGAGAGUCAAAGGAAGAUGAGCAAUGCAAACCAUCCCAGAGAGUUCAAGAUAGAGGGAAGCUCCCCAGAAAAUCACGUGUACUGUGACGAUGCUACCUCCAGCCAGGACCACUCUCAAGAGACUGAUGUGAAUGCGGAUGUUGAAGAAUUCGAGAAUGAGGAGAAAAUGAAGACCCCUGAGCAAGCAGACACUAGCGAAGCAUUAAAUCAUGAAGCUAUGGAAGUCGAAAGAAAAACCCGUCUCUAUCCUAGUGGCGGUAGAGAGGAUUCUCUGCAUCUGGAAUCUGACAAUGGAGAUUUGGAAGACUCCAAUAAACAUUCACAAGAUCAAGAAUUGGGUUCGGGCUUUGUAAAUGAAACUGGUCACCAAGAAGAUGUUGCAGAAAUCCAUCGAAAGGAUCAAGAUGAAGAAACAAAGCAUCUGGAAAACCGUUUACAACAAGAAAACCAUUCAAUCCUGCGGAUAAGUAAAAGCCUGUUUCCAAGCAAAGUUGGGUCAGUGUGGAAUGGGCCCCAUUCUUUGAUGCAGCGACAUGUAGCAUCAACUCGAGAUAGUCCCAUACAUGCUGCAUUGGCUGCAUUUAUGAAGCAAUAGAGCUCCAUGGAGGUGCUUGUAACAUAAGAAUCGUUAUUCUCCUUGGCUGAUAUUAGGAUGCUAAUAGAUUCUUGCUGUAGUGCUGCAAAAGAGAAUAUGUGGAAAUCAUGCUAUUGUAUGUAGUACGGUUAUUUCUGAGAUGACCAUUGAAAAUGUACAACAAAGUGGGAAGUCAAUGCAAGGUCUUAUACCAAA